GUGGAAGGUGCAUCGUCACGUGACCCGGGAGGGCCAAUCAAGAGGCUGCCUCCCCACCUUGCUCCCACCUGCCCGCUUGGAGGUCAAUGACCUUUUAGCGUGCGGCGCUGACGUCAUCGCCCGACACCCGAUCGGUCCGCGUCAUUCCCGCCACAGAGAUCCUUUUUCCCGCGCUCGUCUGGCCGUCUCGCGUGGCUCAACGUGGGCGGCGCGUGGAUGCGCGUGCCCGCACGCAGCCGCUCGCCGGCGCGCCACCGCAGGCACAAGCUGGAUGGACGCUGAGAUCUCCUGCACGCGAACGCACCUUUGGAGGAAACGGCACGGUCCCUGAACGCAACACCGCAGCUGCUGCUUCUUCUUCUUCUUCUUCUUCUUCUUCUUCUUCUCCUUCUUCUUCUUCUUCUUCUUCUUCUUCUUCUUCUUCUUCUUCUUCUUCUCCUUCUUCUUCUUCUCCUUCUUCUUCUUCUUCUUCUUCUUCUUCUUCUUCUUCUUCUUCUUCUUCUUCUCCUUCUUCUUCUUCUUCUUCUUCUUCUUCUUCUUCUUCUUCUUCUUCUUCUUCUCCUUCUUCUUCUUCUUCUUCUUCUUCUUCUUUUUCUUCUUCUUCUUCUUCUUUUUCUUCUUUUUCUUCUUUUUCUUCUUCUUUUUCUUCUUCUUCUUUUUAUUGUUUUUCUUUUUCUUUUACUUUUUCUCUUUCUUCUUGUCCUUCCUCUUGAUGCAGUGGGAGCAGGUGAGGAGAACAUCAUCAUCAUCAUCAUCAUCAUGUUUGUUGUGCAGGUGUGCACUGUCCUCAUCUUCCUCCCGCUGGCCUCACCAUCAGAUGUGUCAUGUGACACCCUGCUCCUCAUGGCCGCCAACGCCACCUUAUAUCAGACGUGGUCUAUGUGGAAUGAGAGUCUACACAACAACAACAACAACAACAACAGGAGCAGUCAUGUGAUUGGACUGUACUGUGACACGUCUGUGGAUGGUAUUGGUACCUGCUGGCCCCGCAGUCCUGCUGGUCACAUGGUGGCACGACCUUGUCCUCACACCUUCUACGGGGUCAGAUACAACACCACCAGUAGUGUGUACAGGAAGUGUCUGGCCAAUGGCACGUGGGCAGCGAGGGGCAACUACUCCAUGUGCCAAGCCAUCCUGCAUCAGGAGAAAGGAAAGCUCCACUACCAGAUCGCGGUCAUCAUCAACUUCCUGGGUCACUGCAUCUCCAUGUUGGCGCUGCUCGUCGCCUUCUUCCUCUUCCUGUGUCUCAGGAGCAUCCGCUGCCUGAGGAACAUCAUCCACUGGAACCUCAUCACCGCCUUCAUCCUCAGGAACGCCACCUGGUUCCUGGUGCAGAUCACCAUCAACCCCCAGGUGCACGAGAGCAACGUGGUGUGGUGUCGCCUGGUGACAGCUUCCUUUAACUACUUCCACUCCACCAACUUCUUCUGGAUGUUUGGUGAAGGAUGUUACCUCCACACGGCCAUUGUGUUGACUUACUCUACUGACAAGCUGCGCAAGUGGAUGUUCUUCUGCAUCGGCUGGUGUAUCCCCUUCCCCAUCAUCGUGGCCUGGGCCGUCGGGAAGUUCUACUACGACAACGAGAAGUGCUGGUUUGGGAAGCGGGCCGGCGUCUACACGGACUACAUCUACCAGGGUCCCAUGAUCCUGGUCCUGGUGAUCAACUUCAUCUUCCUCUUCAACAUCGUCAGAAUCCUCAUGACCAAACUACGAGCGUCCACCACCUCCGAGACCAUCCAGUACAGGAAGGCGGUGAAAGCCACGCUGGUGCUCCUCCCCCUUCUGGGAAUCACCUACAUGCUGUUCUUCGUCAACCCAGGUGAAGACGAGGUCUCUCAGAUGGUCUUCAUUUACUUCAACUCCUUCCUGGAGUCCUUCCAGGGCUUCUUUGUCUCCGUCUUCUACUGCUUCCUCAACAGUGAGGUGCGCUCUGCGGCCAGGAAGCGCUUCCAUCGCUGGCAGGAGCAACAUUCCAUCCGAGUGAGGAGCACCCAGGCCAUGUCCAUCCCCACCUCACCAUCCAGGGUCAGCUUCCACAGCAUCAAACAGUCCACGUCGCUAUGACAACACCUCUUCUUCUUCUUCUUCUCUCCAUUCGCCACUUUGGAAGGAAGACAUCUUUGAUGAUGUCAUCAUCAUGGACAGACAUAUUUCAUGACAUCACCACCACUGAGAGACAUAUUUGAUGAUGUCAUCGCUGAGAGACAUAUUUGAUGAUGUCAUCGCUGAGAGACAUAUUUGAUGAUGUUGUAGCUGAGUCUUCAUCACUGACGUGACAUGAUUGAUGAUGUCAUCAUCGCUGAUGUGACAUGAUUGAUGAUGUCACCACCACUGAGAGACAUAUUUGAUGACAUCACCACCACUGAGAGACAUAUUUGAUGAUGUCACCACCACUGAGAGACAUAUUUGAUGAUGUCACCACCACUGAGAGACAUAUUUGAUGACAUCACCACCACUGAGAGACAUAUUUGAUGAUGUUAUAGCUGAGUCUUCAUCGCUGACGUGACAUGAUUGAUGAUGUCAUCAUCGCUGACGUGACAUGAUUGAUGAUGUCAUCCUCGCUGACGUGACAUGAUUGAUGAUGUCAUCAUCGCUGAUGUGACAUGAUUGAUGAUGUCAUCCUCGCUGACGUGACAUGAUUGAUGAUGUCAUCAUCGUGGAUGUGACAUAAUUGAUGAUGUCAUCCUCGCUGACGUGACAUGAUUGAUGAUGUCAUCAUCGCUGAUGUGACAUGAUUGAUGAUGUCAUCAUCGCUGAAGUGACAUGAUUGACAGCAGAAUGAAGAAAUUUUGCUUUUGGCUGAAAAACUGAUGCCAAAGUUUGACUGCACGUAUUGAUGGCUACAUGUAGUCAUCAAUAAGUGUAGUGAUCAAUAAGUGUAUUGAUGGACGAAGGAAGUAAUGUGUACAUAAUGACAUUCCUGUGUCAGACCUAGUAGAAUCUUCUAGAUGAUUAUUUAUUGUCAAUAAGUCCUAUUGUUUGCAUGCCCUUCAGUUGUGUGGCAUGACUAUAAUGAUUCAUGUUUGAAUGAACACAUGAAUGAACAUGUUUGAUGUUUGAUUCAUGUUUAAAUGAACACAUGAAUGCACAUGUUUGAUGUUUAAAUGAACACAUGAAUGAACAUGUUUGAUGUUUAAAUGAACACAUGAAUGAACAUGUUUGAUGUUUGAAUGAACACAUGAAUGAACAUGUUUGCUGUUUGAUUCAUGUUUAAAUGAACACAUGAAUGAACAUGUUUGAUGUUUAAAUGAACACAUGAAUGAACAUGUUUGAUGUUUGAAUGAACACAUGAAUGACCAUGUUUGAUGUUUAAAUGAACACAUGAAUGAACAUGUUUGAUGUUUAAAUGAACACAUGAAUGAACAUGUUUGAUGUUUGAAUGAAUACAUGAAUGAACAUG